AUGGUCCUGGAGGAUUUUGAGAGCUCUUUUGAGCGGCAAUUGGAUCUGACUGAUCGGGAACGAGUUGGAGUGGUGAUUGGCAGUGCGGCAGUAUCGGACCGCUUUGUUGGGUUUCCAUAUAGUCUGGUGGCUAAAAUUGUAUCGCAGCAAGAAGUUCACUGUGAUAAUUUUAUUAAGACUUUUACUAGCCUGUGGAAAGGCUCUGACGAGGUUUCGAUCAAGGAGAUAGCCCACAAUCGUUUUUGGGUUCGAUUUGUUUAUGAUCGGGACCGCCAAAGGGUUCUUGACAUGGAGCCUUGGACGUUUCGUAGGUCAUUGAUUUUAUUGGCUGCGGUGGCUGAGGAGGACUGUAUUCAUACGAUGACGCUAACCCAUGGCACCUUCUGGCUCCAGAUACAUGGGGUCCCCGGUUUCUGUAUGACGGUGGCUGUUGCCAAUGCUAUUGGAUCGACGGUGGGUGAGGUAAUACGGGUGGACAAUAGGGAUGGGCAAGACUGUGUUGGUCGUUUUAUUCGUGUCCGGGUUCGAGCUGAUGUCCGUCUGCCUUUGAUGAGAAGGACCCCCGUCACUUUUCCGGAAGUGGGGGAGAAGAUCAUAGAGUUUCGCUAUGAGUAUCUCCCAGAAUAUUGUUUUGCUUGUGGUUGCUUGGGGCAUCCUACCCAAGACUGCGUGAAGAAACAUGAGGCUUUAAGAGGCAAACUCAACCCUAAGGACCUUGCUAUUUUCACCUCUGCUUUUGAGGGUCUAGAAGGUGUCAUCAAUUUAUGGGGGAAACCGAUUAGGUCGUCGGCAAGGCGCCAUGGCUCGUCACAUAUGGAGAGAAAGAAUGGUAGGGAAGGGUCCAGAGGGCACUCUUGGCGUGCGUCUCGUCAUGACUCUGAGGAAGCCAUGGACACGGCCUCCUCUCCUUUUGAACUGCGUCAACGGCGAGAGGCUUUCCCAUCCAGCCCGGGGAUAGCUCCCAUGACUGGAUGUCGUUCAACAGAUGAUGCGGGGAUAGGGGGUAUCUCCCCCUCUGUUGCUGGCGUGAUAGAUCUCGUUUUGGUGCAGGAUGUCAACCUGGGUGUCAAGAGUACCCCUUCAGCACUUGAUCAGCGGGGCACAGGUACGGUGGUCCCUGUGGCAGGCAUACCUUCUGUUUCGAUGGAUCCCUCUCGGCCUGUACAAGUAUCUGUUGACCCCGUUGGGGGGGACACGAAUGAGGUCAUUGCACAAACUAGUGACCCUUUUAACUUUAUGCCUAUAAUUGAGAAAACAGCACGUAAGGUUACGGGUCGCGGACGUGGGAGGCCAAGGCGAGUGGCAGAGCCCAGCAGGUCUGGUAUACAAGGGGUCUCUGCGCCUUAUCUAAAAAGGAAGCAUCUGGCAGAUCAUUUGGGUGUGGAUGGUAGCGAGAAGGAAGUUAAUGGUGAUCUUGGAAAACGACGGCUAUGUGUUAAUAUGCCUAUUAUACAGGCGGAGGAGACCAGCCUUGAGGGGUCUCCCCGGUCUCAAUGUUUUUAUGGUCAUCCUGACCAAACCCAGCGCCAUCAUUCUUGGGAGCUUCUGCGGCGUUUGGGUAGAGUGGAUCUUGGACCCUGGCUAUGUUGUGGGGAUUUCAAUGAAGUAAUGGAAUGCAAUGAAAAGAGUGGGAGCCGGUUGAGACGUGAUGCACAGAUGGAGGAUUUUAAAAUGGCCAUUACAGAUUGUUGUUUGUUUCAGUUUGAGUUUACAGGUUAUCCAUUUACAUGGAGCAAUAAACGGAAGGAUACAGCUCAUGUGGAGGCUCGAUUGGAUAGAGGGUUUGGAAAUUUGGCACUUCUGCAGCACUGGGGCAAUUUCACGUCCCAUCAUUUAGUUGCUUUCUCCUCUGACCACCAUCCAAUUCUCAUUGCAUCUGACGGUCCACAUGGUGACAAAGCUAGAGGUCCUAGAGGUCGUCGUCGGUUUCAGUUUGAGGAGGUAUGGACUAAGGAAGUUGACUGUGAAGAGGUUGUUCGUCAUUCUUGGCAGAAUGCAGUGUCACCCCUUUCUAAUAUUGACAACUGUGCCAGCAACUUGUCACGCUGGUCUGCCGAAAAGGGUGGCCAGGUCCCCAAGAAAGUUAAGGAGUUACGGCUUAGGUUGGCAAGUCUUCAAUCAGAUGAGCCGUCGACGCAGACUUUUCAUAAUCGUAGCCUAAUUGAAACUGAACUUGAUACGUGUCUUGAACAGGAAGAAAUUUAUUGGCACCAGAGAUCGCGGGUCCAUUGGCUUCAGCAUGGAGACCGUAACACCUCUUUCUUUCAUAAGCAAGCCACAAGUCGCAGGAAGAAAAAUGCCCUAGUAGGGAUACUAGAUGAAAAUGAUCGUUGGCAGCGUGAAUAUGAUAAAAUAGGUGGAGUUUUUGUGGAGUUUUUUACAAAUCUUUUCACAUCGGAUAUGGGAGUUGCUGAUGUGGAGGUUUUUAGUGCUGUCCAAGCGCGAGUGUCCUCACGUUCUUAUCAUAAUCUGCUUCUCCCGUAUUCUAGGGAUGAGAUCGAAGUAGCUCUUAACUCUAUUGGCCCGACAAAAGCUCCAGGUCCAGAUGGUAUGCCUGCACUCUUCUAUCAGAAAUAUUGGAGUAUUGUGGGUCCGGAGGUUAGUGAUUUGUGUCUGAGAGUUUUAAAUGGUAGCGAUGGUGUUAACGAUUUCAAUCAUACGUUGGUGGCUUUGAUUCCGAAAGUUCAUUCUCCCACCCGUGUUUCGGAAUAUCGUCCUAUCAGUUUAUGCAAUGUCCUCUACAAGAUUAUCUCCAAAACUCUUGCCAAUAGACUGAAGAAGGUGUUACCUGAGGUUAUUUCUGAGUUCCAGAGUGCGUUUAUUCCCAACCGUAUGAUUUUGGAUAAUGUCUUAGCAGCUUUUGAAACGGUCCAUUGUCUGAAGAGAAGGGGAAAAACAGGCAAAAAGAAAUUAAUUUUGAAGCUUGAUAUGGCCAAGGCAUAUGACAGAGUUGAAUGGCAAUUUUUGGAGCAGAUGUUACGGACUAUGGGUUUCCCAAUUCGGUUUAUUCAAUUAAUUAUGGGUUGCGUGACUACUGUUUCUUAUUCGUUGUUAAUUCAGGGGCGGCCAUUUGGGCGUAUUAUCCCUUCUCGAGGCUUACGGCAAGGGGAUCCUAUAUCACCGUAUCUUUUCCUUAUUGUGGCUGAAGCCUUCUCUGCUCUCCUCCAGCAGGCUGAGAGGGAUUCUAGAUUACAUGGUGUCUCCAUUGCCCCUUCUGCUCCUUCUAUUAACCAUCUCUUUUUUGCUGACGACAGCCUUCUGUUUUGUAAUGCUGGGACAACUGAGGCCCUAGAGCUUAAACGUAUUUUUGGAGUGUAUGAGUUGGCUUCUGGUCAAAAGGUCAACCUUGGAAAAUCCGCUCUUUGCUUUAGCCCUUCCACCCCAAGGGUGUUGCAGGACGACAUUCGUCAGCUGUUGAACGUGACUCUUGUCCCUUGUCAUGAGCGGUAUUUGGGCCUCCCUACUAUCGUCGGUAAGGAUAAGAAAAAACUGUUCCGUACGGUUAAGGAUCGAGUUUGGAAUAAAGUUAAUGGUUGGCAAGGUAAGCUUCUGUCUAAGGCCGGGAAAGAAGUGCUCAUCAAAUCAGUAUGUCAGGCAAUUCCAUCAUAUUCUAUGAGUGUGUUUCGAUUACCUGUCGGGUUAUGCCGUGAGAUUGAGAGUAUCAUUGCCAAAUUCUGGUGGUCUAAAAAUGAUGGUAGAGGUAUUCAUUGGAAAAAGUGGAGUUUUAUGUGCCAACACAAGUCUGAUGGGGGGCUAGGCUUUAGGGAAUUGACAAGUUUUAAUCAAGCUCUUCUAUGUAAACAAGGAUGGCGGCUGCUGGAAUUUCCUCACUCACUGAUUGCCCGGAUGCUUAAGGCUCGUUAUUUUCCAAAUUCUGAUUUUUUGGCAGCUUCGAGUGGGUCCCUUCCAUCGUUUACUUGGCAGUCGUUACUAUGGGGGCGGGAUCUGCUCCGGUUGGGCCUAAGGUGGCGCAUUGGUGAUGGCCGGUUGGUUAAUAUCUAUGGUGACCCAUGGGUGCCUUAUGAUCGUUUUUUCACUAUCCAGUCGAUACCUACUCUUCCAGCUACCUCCCGAGUUUGUGAUCUUUUUACCGCUAGUGGCGGGUGGGAUGUUGGGAAGGUUUUUGCUACUUUCUCAUUUCCAGAAGCUGAAGCUAUUUUAUCUAUUCCCUUAAUGGGUGAUAAUCUGGAUCGGAGAAUCUGGAACUUUACUAAAAAUGGAAGGUACUCGGUUAAGAGUGGGUACUGGGCUGCUCUAGAAUACAAGAGGCUGGAGGAGCUGUCCGCAGGGACCGUCGCUGGCCCUUCCUCUUCUUCGUUGAAGAGUUGGAAGCACCUAUGGAAGCUGAAAGUGCCACAAAAAAUCCUUCAUCUGUUAUGGCGUGUGGCUCAAGAUAUCCUCCCUUCCAAGGAGGUCUUAUUCCGGCGUCGGAUUACACAGGGGGAGGUCUGUUGUCGCUGUUUUGCUCCGAGAGAAACUACGUUGCAUGCGUUGGUUGGAUGUGUUGUUUGUCUGCAGGUGUGGGAGGCUUUAGAUUUUCCCAGGGAUUUCCUUCUUCCUACUGUAGCUGACGUUGGAACCUGGAUGGAUGCAGCUUGGUCUAUUAUUCCCCCUGAUAAGCAGUCCCUCUUUGCAUUUACUGUGUGGGUGUUGUGGAACGAACGUAAUGGGGUGCUGUUUGGCUCUCAACCCACCCCUUCCGGAGUUUUGGUACAACGAGCGAAGGACUAUGAUGCUGAAUUUAAACGAUAUUCUGCUGCCAAUCAUAGGAGUUUAUCCUCGCUGGUUCGUGAUAUUAAAUGGAGGCCUCCUACGGGUAAUUGUUUCAAGUUGAACGUGGAUGGGGCCACUGACAUGGAGACGGGAGCUAGGGGAGCUGGUGCCAUCGUCCGUGACUCUCAUGGAAAUCUGGUUGGGGCUCUAGCUAUGCGGGCACCAAGUCGGAUCUCUGUACUAGCAACAGAGCUGUAUGCUCUUAAAGUUGGAAUCUCUUUUGCGUUGGAUGUGUCUCUAUUGCCUCUGGAGAUUGAAUAUGAUUCCUUGCAGGCAGUUUCUAUGGUCAACAGUGAGGAGGAAUGCCUUGCUGCUGAGGGAGGUCUGGUGGAUGGAGUGCGACGCCUUCUGGUCAGGUCCGCGUCUACUGCUGUUCGACAUGUUCCUCGCCAAGCGAACAAGGCUGCCCAUCGCAUUGCCCGCUUCAGUCUGCGCGAUCAAAGUUUGUCGAUCUGGUUGGAUGUGGGUCCUUUGUGGCUUAUGGAUGCUGUUUAUGAUGAUUGGCACGAGCCUACUGUCGUUUGA